AUGGGAGAGGCAACUUCUCCCGUUAAUAUCCAAGGCCCUGUGGUGACAGACCCCGAAAAGCCUCCCGCAGCAGAACUUCAAAAAAAUGAUAAACCACAAGAAAAGCAAGAGGGAGAGGUCCAAUACACACCAGAAGAAAAUGCUUCACAACAAGAAAACUAUCUCACUGGGUCCCGGCUCUACAUUAUCACCCUGGCAUUUACCAUGGCUGGCUUGAUGCUCACUAUCGACGGAAGCAUUCUCUCUACCGCAAUACCCCGAAUCACAAGUGAUUUCAACUCCGUUGAUGACAUAGGGUGGUACGCCAGCGUCUAUCUUCUCGCACAGAUGUCUCUCCAGCCCACAUUUGGACGUAUCUACAUGUACUUUGAAGCCAAAACCACUUUCCUGCUAUCACUGCUACUUUUUGAAGUUGGCUCAGUCAUUUGUGCAACGUCACCCAGUUCUCCCGUGCUUAUCCUCGGGCGAGCCAUUGCCGGCGCAGCAGCCGCGGGAUUGCUGACUGGAAACCUUGCUAUUUUUGGACAAGUUGUUCCGCUACGCAAAAGACCGCGAGGUAUGGCUAUUAUGACUAGCUUGUACUCAAUUGCUACCCUGGCUGGUCCAACAGUGGGUGGCCUUUUGACUGAUUCGCGAUUGACGUGGCGGUUUUGCUUUUGGAUUAACCUGCCGUUUGGAUUCGCUGCAGCGGUUAUUAUCAUCCUUAUCCUGCAUCGCAAACCUGGGAAACUUGCGGAUUUGCCGUUGAAGCAGAAGAUCGCUCGACUGGAUUUGCUCGGUGCUUCUGUUCUCUCGUCAAGCUUGGUGUGUCUAUUCCUUGGUUUACAAUGGGGUGGGUCCAUGGCCUGGUCUACGCCUCGUGUCUGGGGUUGCCUUGUGGGAUUUGCCAUACUGUGCGGAAUCUUCAUCGGCGUGCAAAUCUAUCAGAAAGAAAGAGCAACCAUACCCCUCCGGCUUCUUUACCAGCGCACUGUUGCUACCUGUUGCAUCUUCUCUGGCCUCUACGGAGUUGCGGUGAUAACACACACCUAUCUCAUGCCGAUUUGGUUCCAGGGAGUCAGAAGCACCAAUGCAGCCAUGUCAGGUGUGUACAUGCUGCCAUUCACCGCCGCCAGUACCGUGUGCGUGCUUAUUUCUGGUUUCUCAAUGACCGCCCUGGGAUACUAUGUACCAUUCAUGUGGGCUGGAUCACUAGUCUAUGUGGCAGGAAGCGCUCUGUAUGCAACACUGCAUUCAAAUAGUAGCACAGCACGGUAUAUGGGUACCCAAAUACUCGCAGGCGCAGGAUUUGGUACCGCGAUCCAAGUGACCUUCAUCGGAGUGCAGGUAGUGACACCGCCAGCCGACAUGCCCACCGUCUGUGCAUUGGAGGUCUUUUUCCGCCAGCUUGGUGCCGCUGUCGGUAUUAGUGUGGCUCAAAGUGUGUUUCUAAAUACGCUCACUAGCAAGCUAGGCGCCAUCCCGGAAGUGAAUUCCGCCGCCCUUCUCCAUUCGGGUCUUACGCAGGGAUCAUGGUCCUCCGAGUCGAUGUCUCCCACCACCCUUGACCUCGUGGGCAAGGCCUUGAACACAGCAAUCACUAAGGCUUUCCUUUUACCCCUCGUUGCAACGGCCGUGGCAGCGGCUGUGUCAUUGGGCAUGGAGUGGCGCCGUAUUGAGGAUGACAGAACGCCGGCUGACAUACAGCAGGAAGUUGGAGCUGGCGGUGGAGAUGAGAGAGAUCCCUCCGGACCGGCGGGCCGAUCCGACGGCUGA